AUGGGUUUUGUGCUACUUUGCACUACUCAUUUCAUGAGAUUGUAUUGUUUUGAAAUUGAUUACAGAAGAUUUUAUUAUUGUUUGCUUAUGAAACAGUACCAGGAAAAUGCCCGAAGAGGGCCUUUGAAUGGAUUAGGCUUGGAAUGUGAAAUAAAUGAGCCACCAAUGGCUAAAGUUGGAACUCGGAAAUGGCGAUAUCAUCAGGGGCGGAAUCAAUUUUGGUGUGAUGGUCGAAUCAUUAUGGCACGACAAAGUUCCAUCUUUCUUUUCACUUUGAUGGUUAUCACUGGAACGAUGGGUUUAUUUUUCGUCUUUGAUGCACCAUAUCUAUUUUGGAACGUUUCACCGGCUCUUCCAAUAGUUGCGGGAAUAUUACUGUGCCUUGUGCUAGUUAAUUUAUUCAAGACAUCAUUUUCUGAUCCAGGGAUAUUACCGAAAGCUACAAAUUUGGAAGCUAUCGAAGCUGACCGACAAUGUAUUGCAGAAAGCAAUAUGCCAGAAGCAGUGCGACCACCUCCACGCACCAAAGCAGUGCGCAUUAACGGCCAACUUAUCAAAUUGAAAUAUUGCUUCACUUGUCGCUUAUUUCGUCCACCACGUUCCUCUCACUGUCCAUGGGUUGGCAACUGUGUUGGAAAGCGAAAUUAUCGUCAUUUUUAUUUUUUCAUUGUAUCACUCACCGUUCUGACACUAUUUGUAUUUGCUUGUGUAUGUCUUCAUCUUGUCAUUCUGUCACAAAGAGAAAAUGCGUUUCUCGGUGCAGUAAGACAAAGCCCUAUAUCGCUUAUAAUUGCUUUAGUAUGUUUUUUCUCUAUCUGGUCAAUAUUUGGUCUUUCCGGUUUUCACACAUAUUUACUGUUAACAAAUCAGACAACAAAUGAAGAUAUCAAGGGAACAUUUAAUUCGAAACGAUUCCCACAUAUACAAAAUCCAUAUAAUACUGGUUCUGUAUUUUCCAAUUGUCUUCGAACAUUGUGUGCUCCGGAACCUCCAAGUUUAAUUGACCGAAGAGGUAUUGUUGAGUCUGAACCGACUGUGAUAGUGAGGAAUUAUGGUGCAACUGAUGGUUUAGAGCGGCAAUCAUAUGAACUUGUUUUAGGGUGA